AAGCCCCUCAAACUAACUUCCGCGUUAAAACGAAUCACCCAACUCACGCGGAACUUAAGAAGUGUUUUUUGGAAGUUUACAUUUUUAUCGUUAUAUGCUGGAUAUUUUGUUGUAGGAAUUACGUGAUAUUAAAACGGAAAUAAUUAAAAUAACUUACGUUCUCAAUUUUUAUAUAUUACAAUCGUCCAGUUAGGGAUCACACUAAAUAAUCUGAAGGAGGUGAUCUUUUUUCUGGAAGUCCUUGCUGCUUAUUAUCAGAUUUUUUUGACAAUGUCUGCAGUAUUUGUACCGGAGAGAUUUCGUCGGAAAGCUGACGUUGACCGGGAGACGUUGCAAAGGUUGCUGAAUGAAAAUGAUCAGCUAAUUCGAUGUAUUGUGGAGUACCAGAAUAAAGGAAGAGCCACAGAAUGUGCUCAGUAUCAGCAGAUCUUGCACCGAAAUCUUGUAUAUUUGGCCACACUUACUGAUUCAUGUCCAGAGGGUAUACCUUUGUCAUUCUGCACUGUAUCUCAGGGGAACAUCUGUAUGAGUGGCAACCGUGAAGUAAAGGGGGAGAGCAGUACUGCAGCAGCAACCUCAGGGAUGGUUGCCAAACGAGUCUAAUUUCAUUCCAUAUACUUUGCCCAUUUACAGAAUUUCUGGUCUGUCGUUUGCUGUCACUGAGCUUUUCCAAUUGCUCAUGUUAUGACUUGAACAGCCCUUGAACCAGUCCCCCUGCCUAGUUAACAGAUUCAAAAUAAUGAAAGAUACUGGAUUGGCAUCUGUCCACGAGACUCAUAAUUUGGUGAUUUGAACUUGAGAAUGGAGCUGCUGCUUAGCUGUGAAAGGAUGCUUCGUUGAUUUAUUGCUGUCGAAUGUCAAGAUCAGUUGGUCAUCUGUAAUUUAGUCUGCAUGAGAGUUUGUGCCCUAUUCAGUGUUUGCUGCCUGAGGAUGAGUUCACAUAUGUCUAAAGAAUGCAAGAAUUCAACAGUCUGCAAUGUGAAAGACUGUAUCAAUAUUUGAAUUCAGACUUUUAUUGAUUCACUAUUUUCUGUUCUUGUUUAAAUGUUUUUUCUUCCAAUUCUUGUAUUCAUGGUAGAAUUUUUAUGUGAUAAAAAUACAGUAAUUUCUCUGUUAA